AUGUCCCGGCCCGGCAGCCCCCGGCCGAGCCGCCCGGAACAGCCCCGGACCGAGCCGGUCCCGCCGCCAGAGGUGGCCGAGCCCUCGCUGCCUCCCCCGAGGCAGAUCCCGGCGCUGCCACCGGCCGAGCCCCGGCCUCUCGCCCGCCCCGCGGUGCCGAAGAAGGAGAAACCCCUGGAAGAUGAGAAAUGCCCGGCAGUGCUGACCAAAGGCCCCCGGGCCGAGCUGUGCGGAGCUCCCGAAGCUGUGACAUGUGAGUGUUUCCCUCGGUGGCAGCUCCGGACCCGAGCCCUGGGCUGCUGCCACCUCAGCAGCAAAGAAGCCGGGCCGAGCGCGCACAAACCGCACCGAAAGCUGCAGCCGCACCACGCCAUCCACAGCCAGAGCAGCAAGAAGAGCAAAAACAGCUCCAAGUCGCCCUCUUCCCACAUCCCCAUUGAGGCGCAGGAAGACUGCUGCGUGCACUGCAUCCUCUCCUGCCUCUUCUGCGAGUUCCUGACCCUCUGUAACAUCGUGCUGGACUGUGCCACCUGCGGCUCCUGCACCUCCGAGGAUUCCUGCAUCUGCUGCUGCUGCUGCAACUCGGGCGAGUGCGCGGACUGCGACCUGCCCUGCGACAUGGACUGCGGCAUCAUCGACGCCUGCUGCGAGUCCGCCGACUGCCUGGAGAUCUGCAUGGAGUGCUGCGGGCUCUGCUUCUCCUCCUGAGGGGCC